AUCACCGCCUUCUUUUUUUCAAUAUGGCCGCUACGGCAGCUAUCUUGGUUUUCGCUUCAGGCCAUUAGCAGGAUAAGCACCUUUGGCGAUUGAUAUUUUUUUGUGGCUCAUUGGCGAUGAUUACAGAGGAAGGGUCCUGUCGAUAUCUGCGCCAUUGCAUGGCCGCUCUCAAGAUUUAGCCAUAACCGAAAAUGGGAUCUUAGGUAAAAUUUGAUGACACUCUACUUGAUAUAUACUAUCAUUUGAUUGGUCGUGGUAUUGAGUUUUCGAUCUUUUAUCGAAAGGCAGCGUAUAAAACGCAUUGACACAAUGCAGUUGACAGCUUGAUUCAUAUCGAAUGACAAACCUCACAGGCCGUCAAUAACCACAACGCACAGGGAGUUUAUGUUUUUCACACAAAUAGCAAUGCCAUUCUAAAGCUGCAUUUGGUUAGAGGAAAACAACUCCAGCGGAAUAUACUUCAAUACUUUCAAUGGGGCCGCAGCUUUGGCAUUGGUGACAUCAACAGGGUUCGGCAGUCAAGGAUACCAAUCACAGUUGUAACUGAUAAAGGCCUCUCUCCAUAGCAGCUGAGCGACCUAAUCUGCUGAAACUGCGCUGUAAGACAAACUCUAAACGCUGAUGUGGAUAAUCUUUUGAAGAUUCUGAAGAUGGUGAAAGGAUGGAUGGUUGUUUCCGUCGUCUGCCUGUUGGCAAAAUGGACGAGCGGAGCCACAACAAUCCAGGACUUUCUCGACACCAUGCUCACCGGAUACGACAAGCGAAUCCGACCGCAUGAUUCCACUCCCACCACCGUCUCAUUUGAUUUCUUCGUCAGCAGUAUUAGCUCCAUUAAUGAAAAUGCUAUGGAAUAUACCAUCAGCGUGUUCUUCCGUCAGCGCUGGAACGACCCACGGCUGCAGUACACGGCCUACACCACGCCCAUAACCCUCGGCUACAACAGGGUAGGAGAAAUCUGGGUCCCUGACACUUUCUUCUCCAAUGAGAAGAAGGCUAACUCGCAUCAAAUUACCGUCCCGAAUAAGUUACUCAGGAUUCAUCCGAAUGGGGAUGUCCUUUACAGUCAAAGAUUGAGUUUAACUCUCUCUUGCAAUAUGGACCUUCACUACUUCCCCAUGGACAAGCAAAAGUGCCAAAUAAAAACAGAAACCUAUGGCUACACCAUGAACGAGCUCGUCUUCGCUUGGCACAAGGCAGAAGAAGCCAUACAGAUAGCCAGCAGUGCCAAGAAGCUGCCCGAGUUCAGCCUCGUGGAUUCAGAGACCAAACUCGGGAACUGUACACAGGUCUACAUAACAGGCACCUACAGUUGUCUCUUCGUUGAGUUCAGCCUUAAGCGUGAGAUCAUGUUCUACGUCAGCCAGACGUUCAUUCCAAGCAUCCUCAUCGUCUGCUUGUCCUUUGUCUCCUUUUUCAUCGAUGUGAGAGCCGUCCCAGCCCGCGUCUCACUGGGUUUGAUCACCAUCUUGACUAUCACGACCAUGAACGCUGGCAUAACACAGACUUUACCCAGGGUUGCCUAUACCAAAGCCAUUGAUGUGUGGAUGGCCGUCUGCUUGGUGUUCGUGGUGGCUGCCCUGCUGGAGUAUGCUAUCGCAAACCACAAAUCCCGACAGGAGGACAGAAAAAAGGCGGAGGAAAAGGAGAAAGAACAGAAGGAAAGCGUGGUCUCAGCGUUUGGAUUUGCGGUACUUAGUAAAAGAGAACAGCUCAAUUUGUUUGCGCAAAAAUUCAAAUCCAAGGUUGGGCCGGCGGGUGACAGCGAUGAUAAGAUGGAGAACAGUCAUACUAAUGGAGAGGCCUCUGGAAGCAAACAAGAGGAGAAACCACGAAAGAAACGUUUCGACUGCAAGGCAAUGACUUCAAUUCAAGUUGAAAAUUUCUCGAAGAUUUUCUUCCCCUCCGCUUUUUUAGUUUUCAAUGUCGUGUUUUGGAUCUUUUACGGUGUUAGUUCAAAUACGCCAUAGCUGAUUUGAACAUUCAUUGGACAGGUCUCGUACCGUAUAAGGGUUACAACGAACCCGGAAUAUGUCUUUGAGAUGUAUCCAUCUUGUAACAAGGACACUUGGACAUUUGUACGUAUACGUAUACGUCAGACUCAUGCUUACAUACCUCUUGUGUUGAUUGGUGCCUUGUAAAAAAAACUUGUAUAAAGCUUACACUAUGUAUUUAUAUGAUUAAUAAAAUGUCUGACUUAUCAUGUC